AUGGCAGGAGCAAAUAACAAGAUACAAUGUUUUACAUGUAAUAAGGAGAAAAUAACAUAUCCUUGUAAAGGAUGUUUAAAAGAAUUUUGUUUAAUGGACUUUAUGGAACAUCAACGAAUAUUAAAUGAUGAAUUAAAUUAUAUUGUCAAUGAAUAUAAUGAAUUUAAACAAAGAAUUAAUGGACAAAAACAGAAUCCACAAAAUGAUUUACUAAUACAACAAAUUGAUGAAUGGGAAAGUAAUUCAAUUGAAAUAAUUCAACACAAAGCACAAGAAUGUAGAAAAAUUGCUAUGGGAUAUUUACCAACACUCUUUAACGAUAUUGAAAAGAAAUUUACAGAUUUAUCUGAACAAAUAAAACAAAUUCGUAAAGAAAAUGAAAUUAAUUUAAAUGAUUUAAGAAAUCAAUUAAGAGAAAUUAUACAAGAAUUAAAUAAUCCAUCAAAGAUUUCUGUUAAACAAGAUUCACAAUCAUUUAUCAAUGAAGUUUCAAUUAUUUCAUCAAAAAAAUCAAAAUUCAAGAAAUGGAAACAAAAUGCCAUUACUGUGGUUGGUGGAAAUGGAAAAGGACAAGAACUAAAUCAACUCAAUUACCCUUAUGGAAUCUUUCUUGAUAAAAAGACAAACAUUUUCCUUGUUGGUUAUGAAAAUCAUCGUAUCGCUCUAUGGAAAUACAAUUUAAAGGAAGGACAAACCAUUAAAGUUGGAAAUCGAAUAGAUCAACUGAGUCAUCCAACAGAUGUGAUUGUUGAUCAACAAAAUCAUUCGAUCAUCGUUGCUGAUUAUGGCAACAGACGGGUGGUCCGGUGGUGGAAUCAAAAUCCACACAUUCUCAUUGAAAAUAUUCACUGUUUGGGACUGACAAUGGAUAAAAAUGGAUUUCUUUAUGUUUCUGACUGUGAGAAGAAUGAAGUGAGACGAUGGAAAAUGGGAAAAAACAAUGAAGGAAUUAUAGUGGCAGGUGGAAAUGGAAAAGGAGAUCAGCUUAAUCAACUCAAUCGUCCUACUUAUAUCUUUGUUGAUGAAGAACAAUCUAUUUAUGUAUCAGAUAGAAACAAUCAUCGUGUGAUGAAAUGGAAAAAAGAUGCAAAAGAAGGAAGAAUUGUAGCUGGAGGAAAUCAUAACGGAAAAAAUCUCAAUCAACUAUCUUCACCGCAAGGAGUCAUUGUCGAUGAUUUGGGUCAAGUCUAUGUGGCAGAUGGUGUGAAUCAUCGAGUAAUGCGUUGGUGUGCAGGAAAAGAAGAAGGUGAAAUUGUUGUUGGAGGAAAUCAACUAAAUGGUCCCAGUGGUUUAUCUUUUGAUGAUGAAGGAAAUCUUUAUGUUGUUAAUUGUUGGAAUCAUCGAGUCGAAAAAUUUGAAAUAAUAUUGUGA